AUGGCUGACUUUAAUAUCACUUAUGUCACUGAAUUUAUUCUCCAAGGAAUAACAGAUAGGCCAGAACUUCAGGUUCCAUGCUUCCUGAUGUUUUUAGUUGUCUAUCUGGUCACAGUUGUAGGCAACUUUGGAUUAAUUACAUUAAUCCGGAUUGAUGCUCGGCUCCACACGCCCAUGUACUAUUUCCUCAGCCACUUGGCCUUUGUUGAUCUCUGUUACUCUUCUGCUAUUACACCGAAGAUGAUGGUGAACUUUGUGGUGCAACGUAACACAAUUCCUUUCCUUGCUUGUGCAACACAGCUGGGCUGUUUCCUCACCUUCAUGAUCACUGAAUGUUUCCUCCUAGCCUCCAUGGCCUAUGACCGUUAUGCAGCUAUCUGUAGUCCCUUGCAUUAUUCAACACUGAUGUCAAAAAGAGUCUGCAUUCAGUUAGUGGCGGUUCCAUAUAUAUACAGCUUUCUCGUUGCCCUAUUCCAUACCAUCAUCACCUUCCGUCUGACGUACUGUGGCCCUAAUGUUAUUAACCACUUCUAUUGUGAUGACCUCCCCCUCUUAGCUCUGGCUUGCUCAGACACACGCCUGAAGGAAAUUCUGAUUUUUGCCUUUGCUGGCUUUGAUAUGAUUUGUUCCUCUUCCAUUGUACUCACCUCCUACAUCUUUAUCAUCGCUGCCAUCCUGAGGAUCCGCUCUACCCAGGGGCGACGCAAGGCUAUUUCCACUUGUGGGUCCCAUAUGGUGGCUGUUACAAUAUUUUAUGGCACUCUGAUCUUUAUGUACCUACAGCCCAAAUCCAACCACUCCCUGGACACAGACAAAAUGGCCUCAGUGUUUUAUACAGUGGUCAUCCCCAUGUUGAACCCCCUAAUCUACAGUCUAAGGAACAAAGAGGUGAAAGAUGCCUCAAAGAAAGCCUUGGAUAAAGGUUGUGAAAUGUUAAAGAUAUUAAAAUUAAGAAAAUAA